AUGUUUCAAAAAUUAAUAUAUUUAUCGAUUGGAAUAUUUGUAGGAUUUUAUAUCGGUGAUAUAAUUUUGACUAAUAACUCUAAUCAAGUUGAAUUCACAGAAAAUAAUAGAAGUCCCAAGAUUUUUUGUUGGAUUUUGACUGGAAACCAAAAUCACGAGACAAAAGCGAAGCAUGUGAAGAACACUUGGCUGAAACGAUGUGAUGGGUGAGUUUUUUGACUUUUUAAAAUAUUUCAAGUUCAACUUUAAUAUCCAGAAUAUGUAUUAAGGAAUUCUGAAUUUUUUAAUUGAAAUUAGCAAAAAAGUAUCCCAAAAGUUGUGAAAUUUUUAGGAUUUUUUUUUAAUAGGAUGAUCAGGGGUUGUAAAAUUUUUAAUCCAAACCUUCCAGAUAUGUUUUCAUGUCUUCACAAUCUGAUCCAGAACUACCAUCAAUAGAUCUCGGUGUUCGAGAAGGUCGUAAUUUUUUAUGGGCAAAAACUCGAGCAGCUUUCAAAUGGAUUUAUGAGCAAAAAUUGAUUGAUGAAUUUGAUUGGUUUUUGAAAGCUGAUGAUGAUACUUAUGUUGUUGUUGAAAAUCUAAGAAAUUUUCUAUCGAAUUAUUCAGCAAAUGAUCCAAUUCAUUUUGGAUGUAAAUUGAGAUUGGAAAAGGAAAGAAGUUGGAAUAGUGGAGGAGCUGGAUAUGUUUUGAGUCGGGAAACAGUUAAACGGUGAGCAUUAUCUGAUUGAAAAAUUGAACUCAAUUAAAAUUGUUAUCCAAUCAAAAAUAUAUAUUUCUCACAGCUUUGUAAAUUCUGCUCUUCCAAAUCCAGAUAUCUGCAAUCCUGGUCCAUUUGGCGAUGAAGAUCUUGAACUUGGGAACUGCCUUGAUAACUUGAAAAUUAGAAAUUUGGACACUCGCGAUUCUCAAAAUCUUCAUAGAUUUCAUCCCUUCAAUGUUUCAUUCCACGUGGAUAAAUCAACUGAAAUUGAUUGGAAUUUCUGGAUUUGGAACAUCUCAUUUUUUCCUAUUGACAAAAAUCCAUCUGGUAUCGUAAGAGUUAUCCGAACUUUGGUAAAAGUUUUUUUUUAAUUUUCAGAUUCUGCAAUCUCAUUUCAUUACACAACUCCAGAAAUGAUGUAUUGGUUUGAAUAUUUUCUCUAUAAAUUUAAUAUUUUUUAG